GUGGUCCACGGCUCUCACUCGUACACGCUGUCAUUCAACACUUUGGUAUUCUUGCACUGCACUGAUGUCGGCAGCGGUCGUUUUAGCCGCUGUCCUCGGCGGUGGGGUUCUCUUCAUUGCCCGGAAAAUUUUCUUCAGGCGGAAAGCAAUGAAAUUACUGAGUUACCCUACGGCUCUGAUGCGCGGAAAGACCGUGAUAGUUACCGGGGCGAACUGCGGCAUCGGGAAGGCGACGGCAGCGGAGCUGCUGAAGCUGCAGGCCCGUGUGAUCAUGGCCUGUCGGGACAGGCAGAGGGCUGAGGAGGCGGCCCAGGACAUCAAGAAUCAGGCCGGUCCGAAUCAGGGAGAGAUCGUGAUCAAACACUUGGACCUCGCGUCGCUCCAUUCUGUGCGCAGCUUCUGCGAGGAAGUUAUCAGGGAGGAGCCAAGGAUUGAUGUUCUUGUCAACAACGCUGGUCUCUACCAGUGUCCCUACAGUAGGACAGAAGAGGGUUAUGAAAUGCAGCUGGGAGUAAACCACCUAGGUCACUUCCUUCUGACCCAUCUCCUGCUUGACCUCCUGAAGCAGUCGGCUCCCAGCCGUAUCGUUGUGGUUUCCUCCAAACUCUACAAGUAUGGCAGCAUCAACUUCGAGGACUUGAACAGUGAAGAUAAUUACAACAAGGCUUUUUGCUACAGCCAGAGCAAGCUUGCCAACCUACUUUUCACUCGUGAGCUGGCCAGCAAGCUGGAUGGUACUGGGAUCACUGUAAAUGCCCUCACUCCGGGUAUCGUGAGGACCAGAUUGGGCCGACACGUCAACAUACCCCUGCUGAUUAAGCCUCUUUUCUUCCUGGUCUCUUGGUUGUUCUUCAAAAGCCCACUGGAGGGUGCUCAGACCCCACUAUACCUGGCAUGCUCGCCUGAAGUUGAAGGUGUGUCUGGAAAAUGCUUUGCUAAUUGCAAAGAAGAACAAUUGCUUUCCAAAGCCACAGAUGACCAUACAGCCAAGCGGCUGUGGGGCCUGAGUGAAAGCAUGGUGGGCCUUUGAAGGUGAAGGGAAGAAGCAGAACUGCCUUUCAUAAAUGUGGCAAUUUCAAACCUCGAACAUUAGUGCAAUGGAUUUUUUUGGGGUGUGUUUUUGGCCAAGUACCUGAGGGACUUGCUGGAUAAGAGACAGGAAAUUAAAAUGUCCAUCUGUUCCCCAUAUCUUUGCUGCAGUGUUUUCAGAGAUGGCCUCCGGCUUGUGACUCACUCUUCUCUGUGAAUGAGAGCCUGAAAGUAUCGAGUCCAACAUAUCCCUUGAAUACAAAUGACAGGAGCAACGUGCCCAAGAAACAUAUGGCUCAGAGAUAAGAUGAAUACAGAAUAACAUGAACACUUAUUGCAUAUCUCUCGACAUAGAUUAAAGAUGUUUGAAUGUUGUUCUGCAAUUAAUUUUACAGACUCAUUCGUUUAUGAAGUGAAAUAGCGACACUUUAGCCUCUCUGAAUAUAAUCUUUUCAUUAUGCUGUAUAGUAUACCCGGCAACUCCCACCCUGUGACUUAUUUCAAGAUAUAUUUGAAAAUGUUUGUGACAUCCCAGUGUCCAAACGGAAUAAAAAAGGAAAUGCGUAGGCUGUGGCUCUGCAGAGACUGUAGGGUGGUGUCACUACUCAAAUAAAAAAGUGAACCAGAGUAAUGGCUGUUUAAACUUCAUUACCUCCGCUAUAUACUGCUGUGCAUUAGCCAUUAUUAGAUCAAUUUCAUUCACCGUGGAGCUGUAGGGAGUUUACUGGCUACAGUCCUUAAUCAUACACACUAACAUGAAUGUUUUGAGUGUAAAUGCAGUGCUUCUGUUAUACUGUAAAGACUGAAUAAAUUCAAUGCUGCAAAAGUAGU